AUGUGGGCAAAGCUGAAGCCUUCAAAGAUCACUUUAGGAGUUGAGGAGGAGUUGAGACAAGUUGGCAAAAGCUUAAACGUAAAUGAGGAGUAUCUGAGUGCAUUAAGAACCAAAUCCUACGGUGAGUUCUUAAGCAAAGCUCAUCAAAUACUAGCAAACCACCACCAUUAUCAUCAUCACAAAUUCUCAGAAACUCUUCUAGAACCAGGUCAAGAAUCCAUACCUAAAAUUCUUGAAGAAUCAACUCUACUCCUCUCCAAAAUACCUGAACUAAAAACCCUUUUACUCAACUACUUUGACAUAACAGCUGAGGCUUCAAAAUUUUGUAGCCAUCUCCUCAAGGGUAUCAACCAAAUCAAGUCCACCUACCUUCUCAUAACACAAGUGUUCGAUGAAAUAGAUUAUGAUGAAGAGUAUUACUUUUCUAUUCAUGAGAAUAACAAUGUCAAGCUGAUCGUUUCAGAGCUAAACUACGCAUUAUUCUUAACUCCAAACAAGCUCGAUUUCAAGCUGAUUCAUGACAAGUACUCCUCGGUUUUGAAGAGCUUAAAAUCGAUGAGAAAGAAAGUAACAAAGAAGAUCAAAAUCAUCAAGUGUUUUCAAAAGGCUUCUGGGAUUUGCAUAGCUGCAACUUGUGGUGUCAUAGCCUUAGCAGCUCAUACUGCCACCGCUGUUUUCGUAGGACCAGUCAUUUUCAGCUUCCCUAUUAAGCGCAUGGCCAGAAAAAUCUCUGAUUUGCCAUUUUUGAGAAGUGGGGUUCUUAGAAAAGUUGGAGAUCGGCUUGAUUUAGCAGCUAAAGGAACCUAUAUCUUGAGUAGGGAAUACAACACGAUGAACCGGCUCGUGGUGCGGGUUCAAGAUGGGCUUGAGCACAACAAGGAAUUGUUGGAGUCCUGCUUAGAGAGGAGAGAGCAUAGAUUUUGUUUGCAGGUGGUUAAAGAACUUAUUAAGAAGGGUGAUUUAGGGUUUAGAAGACAUGUUGAGGAGUUGGAGGAGCAUGUUUAUUUGUGUCUUGUAAAUAUCAAUAGGGCUAGAAAUUCAGUGAUCAAGGAAAUGAAUUAGCAACUUAAUUAGAUUCAUAUUUCUAUGGAGGUUAUUAUGAAGAUCUAUAGGAUUAUAUGAUUAGAAGUUGUUUGGAUAUCAAUAAUAUCCAUUCCAUAUAUGAUACUUGUAUAUAGUUAGUCAUGAUUUGUAUGUAUAGAAUAUACAUAUUCCAUUGUAUAUAUUGCAAUAUUUGAAGU